AUGCGUGUACUCGCCAUUGUCAUCGUAUCUCUGCUCCUUUUACAAAGCACCUACUAUGUUGAGCCUGCGCCUACGUGGCAGCCCCAUCCAAACAGACCAAAAUGUGAAAGACCUUGCAAACAACCUCAGGAAUGCAAGGCACCCUGUAAAAGAUGCAACAACGGCUGGUGGGGUGACAGUCUGUGCAAAACAAGAUAA